UUCCGCUUCCGGUUUUUUUAUUCCGGAAGUUGCUUUUGGAAGUAACGUGCGGGUCAGUGUGGUCUUUGUGAGAUUCCGUCAUGGCGUACCGUGGCCAGGGCCAGAAAGUGCAGAAGGUGAUGGUGCAGCCCAUCAACCUCAUCUUCAGAUAUUUACAAAAUAGAUCCCGGAUUCAGGUGUGGCUCUAUGAGCAAGUGAAUAUGCGGAUAGAGGGCUGUAUCAUUGGUUUUGAUGAGUAUAUGAACCUUGUAUUAGAUGAUGCAGAAGAGAUUCAUUCUAAAACAAAGUCAAGAAAACAACUGGGAGGCGUCGCUCUCUGCUACAUUAAGGUUACUAAAACAUGCCGCUGGGAAGCUGCUCUUGUUGGCAGCCGUUGGCUGUCCAGUCGCCUCGCAGCAGCGAGCAGCAAGCAGCGAGUGCCCUGUUCCAGUCCCGGCUUGGAACUGAACUGUGUGAGCGCGGGUCCCGGAACCCGGGCCCAGGAGCGGCGAGCCCGGGUCGGCGCCCAGGGUGCAGCGGUCAGCCUCGGAGGCCCUGACUCGGAACCGAGCCGAGGCGCGGAGCGCGGAGCCGGAGAGCGCGAGAGCGGAGAGCGAGGCGGGCGGGCCAGCGCCGCGUCCGGCGAGUCGAGGAGCAGGACCGCGGAAGGCAGGGAGACGGCCGCCAGCCGAGGGCAGAGGGCAGAGGGCAGAGAGCGGCCUGGCUCGGCGGACGGCGCCGCCCGGCCGGAUCCGAGCUCGCCGCCCGGGACGGCGGCCCCUGGUGGGGCGCGGAUCCUGGGUGGCCGUGGGGCCGGAGCGACUCCGCGGCCGACAGCGGGGGGCGUGCCUCCUCCCAGCCCAGCCGCCCCGGCCCGGCCCGCCCGCCCGCUGCGUCGCCGGGGCAUGUGA